UCUCUUCUGUCAAUUGAUGUUAUUUAGUCAUUUUGUAAAUUAUAUUACAAAGUCUUAUUUCUAAGCCUACUACACAUUAAUUCUAUAAGGAUAAUGGCUGGAAUAAAAGGUAAACUUUCAACAACAUGUAAGAAAACUGGUAAAAAUGCCCCCACGUAAUGUAAAGUUUACAUGACUCACAAUAUUUACCAACAGUUUACAUGAUACAUUUUCUUCUGAUAUAUUUUAAUAUUUUCUUGUUUUUUUCAUGCUAUCCGGAUGCUUGAUGUGCAGGUUUGGUGUCUCUUGCGUUCCUCGGCUCCAUUGGAAUGACAUUUGUUAUUCUAGCAUGUGCAUUACCUGACUAUAAAGUAUGGUGGCCAUUCUUUGUAGUAAUUUUCUACAUUUUGUGUCCCAUACCGACUAUGUUGGCGCGCCGCCACACAGACACCACGGGCGGCACAAACUCCCCUUGCAUGGAGGCAGCAGUUUUCAUCACCAUGGGAUUCAUUGUCAGCUCCUUCGGACUUCCUAUUGUUCUUGCAAGAACUGCUGUUAUUACAACGGGAGCCUGCUGUCUAACCAUAGCUGGCAACAUCAUUGUCUACCUUACCAUCAUUGGCUUCUUCACAAUCUUCGACAUGGACGACUCUGACUAUACCAUGUGGUGAGAGAUCUAAGAGAUGUCAUUGUUUGGACCGUUGAGGGACGAUAUUAGGCAUACAAAAUUUUUGUAAGAUAUGUUGUGGUUAUGUGUAUACUUAAGUCUGAUUGCAAUUGGCACUGACUAUACUCAUGUUUUAAUCAAAUAAGUAAACUGGUAGUUUAUUAAAACUGUAUUUUGGGAAACUUCAAGGUUUUACAUCAGUUUCAGUUUGGUACUAUUCAAGUAAUUUAAGUUCAGUAAAAGAAGUUCAAUUACCAAUGUAAUUAACAUUAUAUACUGGAGAUGGCACUGAGCAUAGUGUACCUAAUGUCCUCCAGGUUUUAAACAAUUGUAGUACCAAUGAGAGACCUGUAUAAGUCUAACCAUAUUUUACUUAUUCAUACUAUUAAGUGCCUUCUAAUUCGAUCAGUUAUGAAAGUUUACCUAUAUCUGCCAAGGCAGAUGUUGUUAAAAAAAAAUAGGUUAGGUUAGUGUUUUUUUAAUUUAUUGGGCCAUUGUUGUAUUGCAUUUGUUUGUUUUUCUGCCAGUUAACUUGUUUGAUUGAAAACUAGGCUUUAGUGUAAAACAAUCUUCUGUGAUAACAUAAUUUUGUUUGCAUUCAAAAUAAACACACUUUAUCACAUUUGUAAGUCAUUUGAUUAAGACGUGAGAUAAACCCAUUGUAUUAUCAAAAUGUGACGGAUGACUAUAUGAAUAAUUUUAUUCUAUUGGUAGACCAGAUUGAGUAAGAUAUGAAAUCUUGCAAAAACCACUUGGAUUACUUUAAUAUUGGUAUUAUAUGUACUACAGACUGCUCACAGUUAUAUUACAUGAUAUAUUAUCACUAACUUUGAGCGGUUUGUAGUUUGACAAUUGACAAUAAUUUUUAAAAGGUUAAAAAUCGAUGAAGAUUUUCUUAUUUCGGUUAAUAAUCUGGUUAAUAACACAUAAAUUUGACAAUGGUUAGUAAGUAUGUUAUAAUUAAAAGUAAAACAAAAUAAUAUAGUGAAAGAACAAUACCAUAAGCGAUUGAAAUCAACAUUGCGUCUUUUCUAUGCCUACACAAAAUGUUAUCAUAGAAGAUUUAUACUCUAGUGAUCAAUACUAAUAAAUAAGCUCGUUGAGCAUAGACUGCUACCUUAAUGUAUUUUGUGUAUAUUUACAUUACACUUGAUUCAUUGGGAAACUGGGAUUUGCAUGAAGGAAUAAAUCAUAAUUCUAACCAUAAAUCUAUGUUCAUUUAAAUGCAAGUGUCACAAAGCAGUAAAUUAUUUUACAUAAAUUUAAUAAGACUAUAUGUUGUAACUUUUUUGUUGCCAUUAAGACAAUAUUAAACAUUUUUUAAGGGUUGUUUAUAGGUUAUUUUAUUUUUUAUUACGUAGAUCUGUGUCAAUAGGCUAUCAUACAGCCAAAAUAAUAACUGACGAUACAUAAAUUAUGAUUAUGAAAAUGAUUACUUUAAUGGUUUAUAAUUCUUAUGAAAUAGAACUAUUCUCAAACUUCCAAUUUAAGCUUCAAUUAUUAUACGACUUGUGUUUCAGCCUUGCAGCUAUAAUAGUUUUAUUCAAUAAGAAAAAUACUAGUAUAAGAAAUUUAUACGUAUAAACAUAUUUUUUUAUCAACAGAGUUAUCUUUUAUUUAAAAUUUUUAUUUUUAUCACUUAGUAUAAUAUAUCUUGGCUACCAAAGUGUUAAAAUACUGCUUUUCAAACCUGAUUAAAACUAAAGAGUUAUGAUAAUGAUACAUUAAGGUUGUCCAUUAUUUAAUAGCAUUUUUAAUAAAGUGACGUUGAUUUAGACACCUGUUAAAUGAAUCUAUUAAUUCGAUAAAAGGUGAAAUUGUUUUGUAAGAUUUUGUACUAGCUAAUGGGUAGAAAACUGUAAAGCCGAUUUUUGUUUUUAAAUGUUCCGAUUAUGAAAUCUCUUUUGUUGAUACUUUUAUGGUAUGUAAAAUAAUUAGUACUAAUAAAUAAAUAGCAUUUACACUUAAAACUAUGUGACCACGUGAAUUGACACAACUCUAAUCUGAAACUUCGAUAUUGUUAGCCUUAUGCUGGCUCCACACUAUCGCUGAUUAGUUCGCCGACUUGGCGGAUUCGAUAUACAUCGCUGGUUUUUCAUUGCUGUAAAUAAAAACACUCGUACAAACUACGCAAUGUUCAUGCAUUCACGUCGGCAUCUGUCCGAGUUCGGUGAUAGUGUGUAGCCGGCAUUAACCCAUAAUAGUCAUACUGACGCUACCACUGAACAGUUGGUAUUACAUACCUACAUUUAAAUAAAAACUUAUUUGAAAAAGCAUUGAGACACCAUUUUUGACUUAACGUUCUCAAAAUCAAUACGAAAGUCAGUGAAUUCUAAGUCACAAUUAGAAAAGACUAAUGCCACUCCAUUAGUCUUUACCAAAAGUAUUUUAAAAUCAAAAAAUACAUAAUUGCCUUAUCUUGAUUUAUAAUAAAUUAUUUUGUGGUUUAGAUUAAUAAACUUUUUUUAUUCAAUCUAUUUAAAACCCAUAUGUGUAACAAAUUUUAUUUUAAAUUCUGGUUGGUAUUUAUAGGUAUCAUGUUUAACACCAUAUACAACUGGCAUCUGUCGGGAAAUUUUAAUUUAACAUUUAUAGCUAUUUUGUUUAUUUGUGUGUAUUUUUUAAAUUCUAGAUACGCAAAUGUGAAAUUAGAAUCCUGGCAGUAAAUAAUACCUAUCCGACUUGGGACGUUUAAAUUCUAGUUUUGGUUUUGUCAAUAAAUGACGUAUGAUAUGAGACACAACAAAGUUAAAUUUAGGACUGGUUAUGUCGUAGUUAUAUUAUAGUUAGUCCAAGAAAUGAUGGGUAUUAAUUAUUGCCAAGAUGUUUUUAUUACAUUCAGGCAUUAACCAACUGUCUAACCAUUCAUUCAUAUUGGAUUGGACAAUUGUAUGUUAAAAUUACAUUCCUGUAAUAAAAAAAUGUAAAUAAUCAGGUCACAAUAAAAUAUUAACUGCUUUUA